AUCCAUUUCACACAAGCUCAAACACAAAUAGAUUGGUGAUGGCGAAAAGUGAAGUGAAGCUUCUGGGUGCAUGGCCGAGCCCAUUUGUGAUGAGGCCCCGGAUUGCCCUCAACAUCAAAGCUGUUGAGUAUGAUUUUCUUGAAGAGACGUUUGGAUCUAAGAGCCAGCUUCUUCUCCAAUCCAACCCCGUCCACAAGAAAAUCCCCGUUCUCAUCCACGCCGACAAGCCUAUCUGCGAGUCCCUCAUCAUUGUUCAAUACAUUGACGAGGUCUGGACCUCCGCUCCCUCCAUCCUCCCUUCUGAUCCGUACGAUCGUGCUAUUCAACGAUUUUGGGCUGCCUAUGUCGACGACAAGUUCUUUCCGACCAUGAGAGGCAUCUCGGCCGCCCAAGGAGAGGAAGCCAAGAAGGCGGUGGUGGAGCAAGUGGCUGAAGCGCUUGCGCUUUUGGAGGAAGCCUUUGGGAAGUGUAGCAAAGGGAAGGCUUUCUUUGGUGGAGAUCGAAUUGGGCUCCUGGAUAUUGCUUUUGGGAGUAUGUUGGGCUGGCUGAGGGUGACAGAGAAGACGAAUGGGCUGAAGCUGCUCGACGAAGCCAAGACUCCUGGGCUGGCGAAAUGGGCCGACAGGUUUUGUGCCGAUGCUGCUGUUAAAGGUGUUAUGCCAGAGACCGAGAAGCUUGCGGAGUUCUCUAAGGUUCUCAUGGCCAAAAUGAGAGGAGCUCCUCCUCCUAAGUAAUAGGUUUCUGUGUUGAUCACAGAAGUAGCUGAUGGCCUGUGUGAUGUUGUUCCUUUUGCUAGGAAUGGCUUUUUUGUUUGUGUGGUGGUGACUGAAAAACUUGAUGAAGAAUAAAUUUGGCAUCCUCUGAACA